CAUCCAGCACAUACACAACAACAGAGAAAACUAGUCAACUUAGUUGUGUAUAUCUUACAAUGUAGACUGGAUGCAUUUUAUCAUGCUUCCAGCUCUGAAGAAGUUGUCUUGUGGAAUUGAUAUCAUUUGGUAGACACAAACAUUCCUUUUUGCUCAAAAGUUAUCAGCCUUACCUCUAACAGUUACCAUAUUUAUUGGUUAAUAAGAUGUACUCUUAUUUUCCAAGUAUAUUUGUGGAAGGAAAAGCAACUUUACUGUGUUUGAUCAUACAUAUUUUGAAAGUUAGACUAUCUUUCUUAACCAUUUAGUAUUUAAACUGGCCAUAUCUGGCCCAAAUAUUCUGUUUUACAUCCAAACCAGCCAGAUCUGGCCUCUCGCAUCUACCCUACAAUGUCAUUGUAAUAAUAAGCCAUCACAUCAUCAAAAUCUCAAAGCUACAAGAUGAUGCAUGAUUAAUUCAAAACAAUCAAGUGGAAGAGAAGGCAAAAGAAGAAGAGACCUACAGGCAACAAAUGGAGGAGGCAAUGAAGGCUGCAGCCAAGAAAGAGCAGAUGGAGCAGGAGAAGAGGAUUGAGCAACAGAAGUCUUUGCAAGAAAUACUGAAGCAGCAGGUGGAAGAACUGAAAAGAAAAGAGGAAGAGGCUGCAGAACUUCAGGAACAACAGGCCAAGGUAGAGCAGGAGAAAUACCAGAUGGAAGUUCUGGAAAACGAGCGUAGGAAAAUGGAAGAGAGGAGGAAAAAGCGAGACUUUGGACGUGUGUUACUAAGACAACAUAAAACCCAAAUGCAAUGUCAAGCAAGGAAAGUACAGCAAGAAUUGGAAGAAGACUGGAAGCUGUUGUCCAUGUUGGUAGACAGAGAGAAAGAACUUGAACAAAUUGAAACAGCCAAGAGACAGGCAGCACUGAAUGAUGCCAAAUGGAUGAAAGAGGUUGUAGAGGAACAAUUGAAAGUGGAGAAGCAACGAGAGGCAGAACUGGAUCUCUUGUUUGAGGAGGAGGCUGCUCGGAUGUGGAAGAAGAGAGAAAAGGAAUGGGAACUAGAGAAACAAGCCAGAGAAAACCUUAUGAUUGAGGUUUUAAAGACACGUCAGAAACAAAUGGAGGAAAAAUUGGAGAAACUGAAAGAACUACAAAAGGAAUCUCUACAGGAACGGGAAGAGUUACUUAAAGAGAUGGAAAUGGCCCAGCAACUGUCUAAUAGAGAGAAGGAUAGACUGGAAACGGCCCGUUCCACCCACCGGAAGACAUUAGAUGAUCAGGUUGAGCUACAGCGUCAAGAACUUGAAUCUGCACAGCAAAUCGAGAAACUACAAUUAAAUGAAGAGGAAGAAAAUGACAAGUGGUACGAUGCUGUUCUCCAAGAGGAAACUGAACGACGGAGGCAGAAAGGUUAUGUUCCUCGAAAUUAUGGUCGUCGAACUGCGUGGAUGUGAUCCCUGUUGUGGGUGAUUGUGAUGCUGUUGUCACCAUUAAGUUGUGAUGGCUGAUGUUGCUGUACUUCAUGGAUGUGAUGGCUGCUGUGGCUGUGGUGAUUCCUCUUCAAUACCCUCAUCUCCAAAUUAAUACAACGAUGAAAACAACUGCAACUACUGUCACUGUCUGCGUAUUGUGUUAAUGCUACAUGUCUGCAGAUGUUGACAACCUCUGAAGAAGAAAAUUUUGUAUAUUUAUGUGUACAUUAGUACAUACAUGUGUGUAUAUAUGUGUGUAUAUGUAAGUGUGUUCAUGUGUAUGUGUAAUCUUUGGUAUGAAUACAAAGCAUUGUUAUGUGGUUAAGACGAUUGUCUUGCAUGUGAUUCCAAGGUUUGAUCCCACUGUUUGGUACAUUUAGUAAUUUUUUUAUAAUCACAGCCUUUAGUGAAAUCACAGACAUAUGAGUGAAAUUUGGCAAAUGAAAACUAUGUGGAAGCUCUUUAUGUGUAUGUGUGUGUGAAAGAGAUUGUGAGUAUGUGAGUUUGUAAAAAGAUGUAUGUAUAUGCUUUUGUACUAAUAUACAUAUAUAUAUAUAUGUGUGUGUGUGUGUGUGUGCGUGUGUGUGUUUGUAUAUGUACAUGCAUGUGUGUGUUUAUUUUAUGUCCAUUUUUGGAGCUGGCAUAGGUUGGAUAGGUCUGUAUAUUUGAAGCAGUUUUUUGUAGUUUUUUUGUAGAUGCUCUUCCAGUCAAAUCUUUUCUUGUUUUUUAAUUCCACUACUUUGAGAGUGCAGAGGGAGGGAAACUCAACGAUACCGUAUUUUGUAUUUAUAACAUAUGUAUAUACAAACACACAUACAUCAUCAUCAUCAUCAUCAUCAUCAUUUAACGUCCUUUUUCCAAUCUGGUAUGGGUUGGAUGAUUUGACAGGAUCUGAUGUGUCCAAGGACUGCAUUGUGCUGCAAUGUCUGUUUUGGCAUGGUUUCUAUGGUUGGGUGCUGUUCCUAAUGCCAACCACUUUACAGCCUGGACUGGGUGCUUUUUUCAUGUCACCUUACUACUGAGGUCACUAUGUAACUCACAGAACUACAAGCCCUGGGGUGGGGUGGGGUAGAUGUCAGCUUCAUGCUAGUGGAUGAGGGAUUGAACUCUGAGAAGUGGGGUGGAGCAGUGUAGGUUCUUGUGUGGAGGAUCUGAAUUGCUACUAACAUCUUGUAGGGGAAGGGGAGAGAAAGAGAAAAUGAAGAAUAGGGACUGCAAGGGAUAAUGACGAUGUUGUGCCUAGAUGACAUCACAAGGCACAAGGUGAGUUGAAGAAUCAGUUUUGCAAGAUUGUAUGGCAAGGAGAAUGACGGGACAGGAGGGGGAGAAAAACUCCCAAAAUGGGUAGAGUUGAAGGGUGGAUGAGAAAGGAGCCAUGAAUUGGGGGAAAUAAGGGGAUGUAGAAGAGAGAAGGGUGGCAGGCUGCAGUAGUAGUAAGGAUAACACAGUUGUCAGUAGGGGUAACAAGAGAGAAGAAUGACAUGGCUUAGUAGUCUGCAGGAGCCGAGAGGCAGGCUAAUGCAGGGUGGGGGAGUUACUAUAUUGUGAGUAGAGAGCACAAUACAAAGCACUUCCAGAACUCGGUUUUUCUGGCAGGUGUGGGUCUUUUCAAGAAUCUCAUAUUGCCAGAGAUCCUGGUCCUUUGUCUUCUCUUCCAUUAAACUCAGGGUUUGAGGUCAGCCUUAACCAUUUAAUCUCAUGUCUAUCUGGGUCUCCCUAUUUUGCUAGUUCCAUCCACAUUUAUUGAUUAGCACUUGUUUAUCCAGCUGUCCUCAUCCAUAUGCAUCACAUGUCCACACCAGCAGUUUUCUUUCUUGCACACAACAACUGAUUCCUCUGAUACCCAGAUUUUUGUGUAUAUAUAUAUAUAUAAAUCUUUUGUACUUAUUCUUUCAUGUCCAUUCAUGUUGCACAUCUAGUGGGACAUGCUUGCUUCAUUUCUUUCCUAUCUUGUUAGGUCUUCUGCAUUCUCACUACCAUGCAGAAUUGCAAUUCUGACACAAGCACCAUACAGUCUGGACUUCACUCUUAGGGAAAAGAUCUUUGUUUUAGCAAUGGUAGUAAAUCCCUGAACUUUCUCCAACCUCUUCUCACUCUAGUUACUAUACUUUCACAGAAACCACCUCCCCUCUUAGGUAACAAAAGCUGUCAACUACUUCUAGUAAACAUUUAAGAGACUCAAUUUCUUGUGUGCUUGUAUAAAUUCUCCCAUGCAUCUACAGCAUAUGAUGCUUACAUUUUCAAAUAGUCUACCAGUUAUUCUACUACAUCUCUUGUAUGUCUAUAGCUUACUUUGAGUACAACAUAUGAAGAUUAUACUGACUACUUUUCUGCAUAGGGAGCAAGACCAUUUCCCUGAUAGUACCAGGGUUUUGUGUUCUUUUUCCUAUUUACUAAACUCUUCAUCUUUGCUGGGUUUACCUUAAGGUCUCUCAAUUCCAGGUGUAGCUUCCAUGCCUGGAAUUUCUUCUCUAAUUCCCCCUCUGGAUUCAGUUAUGAAAACUAGAUCAUCAGCAUAUAAGAGUUCCCAUGGACAGCCAGUCUUGAACUCCAUUGUGAUGGCUUGUAAGACUAUGAUGAAUUGGAGAGGAAUGAGGACUGAACCUUGAUGUACUCCUAACUAUAUACUAAAUUCAUCACUGAAGUCAUUGCCAACUCUCAUUUACUGCAUAGCUUGAACAACCCACACAAGCCAUUCAUCUAUUCCUUGUUUUUUCAGUUGAAUGGUGAUGUGCUGUGCUUGAGAAGACCUGUCCAUCUCAGCAGAAUUGAGGUGUUGUCAAUCCCUCCUCCAUGACUCAUCUUCUGACUCACCCUCUUCUGUUAAUUUAUGUUAACCUAUAUUUUUCACUUCCCCCUACACUGAAUUGGUAUCCUCUGUGUCCAACUCAUUUCCUCCCUCUAAUCACCUGUCACACUAUUUUCACUCAGUGCAUUUACUCACACAUCCACCUUUUCCCCACUCUUCUACCUGAUUGUCACAUAUUCACAUUGUACCUGGACUUCACAUCUCUUUCUUCCUUUCUCUCAUUUUCCAGGUGGAUAAGCCAUGUAUUCACUUCUUCAGCAAGACACCUGCUCCUCUCACUCUAUCGUAGUUUCUUAUUCCUCUCGGCUAUACCCCUCUCAGUUCAGGGGUUUUGUCUUGUGAGUACUUGACGACCUCAUUGGUGCUGGUGCCACAUAAAAACCAUCGAGUACACUGUUAAGUGGUUGGCAUUAAGAAGGGCAUCCAUCUGUAGAGACCAUGUCAAUGCAGACAUAGAACCUGGUGGAGCCCUCUUGUCAAACCGUCCAACCAAUGCCAGCAUCGAAAUGAUCAUCAUGAUGGUGAUAUAUAUAAAUUGUUACUAAUCCAAGCUAAUCCAAAGUAGUAGUAUAGAAGAAAUAAGUAAAGUUGAAAAUAGACAGAAAAUAUCUGCUUUAUUUAAAUUUUUAAAUAAGAAAAUGAGAUGACAAAUGACUAAAAUGAUUAUCUUAUGAACUUCAUUAGCUUACAGGUGUUUUUACUAUAAGAUGCAAUGGACUCAUAUUUGAGUGCCUGAGUAACAUCUUAUAGCUUCAUCAGAAGUUCAUAAGAUAAUCAUUUAUUCUUUUGUCAUCUCAUUUUCUUAUUACUGCUCUGUACUCGACUAAAGCUUCCAAUGUAUAUUGAGUUCUACACCAGAUUAUUAGUAUCGCAAUACCUAAGUGAAAUAUUAAAAUUUUAAAUAUGUGUGUGUGUGUGUAUAUAUAUAUAUAUAUAUAUAUAUAUAUAUAUAUAUAUAUAUAUGUCAUGUGGCAGCCAUGCAGGAAGGUCACCUCAAAGAUUUUGUCCAGUGAAUAAUAUCUACAAAAGGUGAACGUAGGAUCUUAUACAAGAAAUAGCUGUCUUUGAUUAAAGACAUUCUUUAUUAUUUCUUCUCUCUCCAGUGACAGAAUAGUCAGCUUACAUAGAAAUCCUUACUCAAUAGUAGACACUCCACAUGCAUAGCUAUUCUAGAAACAGCUGUAAGGGACUUUAACUACUCUGCACUAUGCUUAAAUUAUAAAUUAAAUGCUCUAAAAUGAUACCACAAGUUUUCCUUGUUUAUGUCUUUUUCUUAUAUAUAUUUAUGGAGAGCUGAUUGUUCAGAAAGAAUAGUUACCAUAUUAGGAAAGGUUUGGAAAAUGUUCAGGGAGCUAUUACUUCUGCUGGCAACAUAUGUCCACUCCUUCAGUCUGAAGGGUAGAUUGUGCAUGAUGCUUAUGUUAAAACUGUUAUGUUGCAAGGUGGUGAGACCUGGACCAAGCAUGCUGUGAUAAAUGUGUAAUGUUAAUAUGCAUGAACACCAGACUACAAAUGAGCUGAGAAAAAAAAGAAAACCCCCAUAUAUGUGAAGAAUAAGGUGUAGUGUAUUUGAGAGGGGAGGCUGCAGUGGUAUCAGCAUGUGAUUUGUAUGGAGGAUGACUGGUGUAUAAAGGAGUGCUGAGCACUCCAUGUGAGUGGAACCUUUGGAAGUGAAGAUUGAUCUAAAGGUGCUGCAUCUCACUGGAGAAACGACAAAGGAACAUACUGAUUGGUGAUAUGCAGUACUGCAGAAAACCCCACCUGUCAAUGUUCCCACAACAAUGAGAGUAGGGUUCAACUAGUAUUUACUCAAUUAUCUAAAAUACUAUACAGCAAAUCAAUCGUAAAUGUUUAUUAUAUAAAACUAACAUUUAAACACAUUAUUAUCAAAGAUUAAUUUUAUCAACAAAACUAAAUAAACCAAAUAUAAUAACACAUACUAAUAUUUAAUUAUUAAUACAAUUAAAACAACAUUUUGUUUAUUAAACGACUAUAAUAUUAACAAGUAUUGUUAAAUAAACAAGUAUAUAAUUUAUAUAUCUAUACUCAAAAUCUUAUAAUUAUAUAUGACAAUUAAGCCACUUAUUUAUGAUAUUUGGCAUUGUAAUGCUUAUUUAGUCAUGUUGCUUUGAAUUAAUCAUGUAUCAUAUUGUAGCUUUGAAGUUUCAAUGAUGUGAUUGUUUAUUGUUAAGAUGACAUUGUAGGGUAGGUAUGAGAGGCCAGAUCUCACUGGUUUGAACAUAAAACAGGUACAAUAGUUGAGCCAGUUAUGACUGGUUUAAAUGCUAAAGAGUUAAAGACUGAGAUACUUUGUACCUUGCCAAACCUACAUCUGCUCUCUUCUCACCUUGUGUCCCCUGACCUCUCUCAUCUACCUGUUCUGCACCAGAUCGUAUCACCUGUCUCCCCACCACCUAUGCUGACCACAUCAUUCUCUUCACUAAGCCUAUCUAUCAGAGUCUGCAACAGAUCAUCCUCGUCCCUCUGCUAUACUUUCUUAUCUCUGAGCCAUUUGAAAGAGACUGCACCAAACUAUUUCUACCCAAUACAUUCUAACUUUGUCCUUCUGUACUUGGCAGCCAUCACUCCACUUCUGUUGCUACCCAUCACCCCCCCUCUUGUCAUUAUCUCAUCACCCACCUUUACCUUUGUCCACCUCUGCUAUUGCCCUUCCUGAAUCCACCCCCUUGCCUCUUCCACCAUCUUUCAUUCAUCCUUUCUGGUCUUUCUGCUGUCAUUACUCUCUCUCACCCUAUACCACUUACAUUACUGAGUACCAUCUACAUUUACUGUGUAUAAAAGCACUCUCUCCUAUGUAGGUACCACAAAAGGACCAGUACCACCACCGCCACCACCACCACCACCAAGCUUCCUUUAGAGUGAUUGGUGAGUGAGACAACAUUUCUUGUGCUGGUGCUGCAAGAAAAUGAACAGAGAAUGCAUGGGAUUGUGUGAAGUCACUCUGGUCCUGUCUUACCAAGUACUAUGCAAUCUCUCUCAUGUUGGUGCCAUGGGAAAAGUGCCUCAAGUACACUCUGUAAAGUGGUUGGCAAUUGGAAGGGCAUCAAUAAGAAGUGACUCAGACCAUGACAACCCGUCCAAUUCUUGCCAGCAUUGAAAACUGAUUUAAAAUGAGGAUCGUGAUAAUGUGUGUAUGUGUGCCUUGGUAUGUAUGUAUGGUUGCUCUUGUGACAAGUUACAUAUGACACCAAUUUAGCAUUAAGCUGAAGAAUUACUUAAUACUCUUUAGUAGAGUACAUGUUUAUUAAACUGUUAUAACUAAAAGAACGAUAGUGACUUUGAAGUUCCAACUUGCUAACCUUUGUAUGCAUGCAUAUCAUAUAUACAUGUAUAUGUAUGUAUGCCUGUACAUGUUACAUAUAUGUGUUCGUCUGUAUGUUUUUGUGUGUAUUCUUCAGUGCAUGCUUGUGUAUAUCUGUCAUCACUGCCUUUGUCAUUCCUUAUAAGGGCAUAUUUAUUUGUGUAAUGCAUUAAUCUGACUCAUUGUGUCUGCUUCCUUGUUUUCCUGUCUUCCUCUGUGUCAGUCUAUCUCUAUUUGUUAACACCAAAAUAAAACACAUUUUAUACCAUUUUCAACCUAGAAAUAAAAAUGAAAUUUCAACAGUGAAAUAUAUUUUAACUCCUGCCUACUUUGUUAACUAAAACUCUGUACGAGAUAAAGAAUUAAAUACAUUGAUUUUGUUUAUCAUA